AUCAUUGAUAAACUUUGUCCCUUGCCGUUAAACCUACCGCUUGGAGGCCUAAUUGAACGGCAACGUCCUACAAUUUGCACAGAGGGAAAUACUUGAAAAUGAGUGAAGGGCGAGAAAAGGGUUCUCCGCCUGAAAAUAAACGAAACAAAGAAAAUAGUAAUGAUAAUGGCGUGAACGACAACGCUAAUGAAGACCUUAAAACGUCACAAGAGAAAAUGGAUGUUGACUGUAAAAUAGAUAAUACGGCUGAUCCCGUGGAGUUGGAAAAAGAAGAUGGGUUAAAAACAAAGAAAGGGAAACCUAAGAAGAAAUCCAAAAAAUCCAAAAAGUCUGGACAAUCGUCGUCGGCUCAAGCUGCUGAUGAAAAAGAUACUGAAUGUGACUUUCUUCCGCCGGAUUGGAAAGUAAUUUGGCACGACAUUGGCGUGCCGAUAUACAUGUAUAAGCCCACCCGUGUAUGUACUCUCUCCAAACCAUAUAUCCCUGAAGCGGGAAAGGGAAUUUCAAAGAGCACUAUACCUAAUGUGGCUCAAAGACGCGAAUUAGAAAACUUAGUUGAAAUGAUUAAACGUGGUCGUCUAGCCCAAGAACAGAAACAAAGUGUAAAAUCCACUGAAACUCAAAAAUACCAGGAUUUGGAACGUGAUGAGAACCAAAUGGACGUUAGUAAUCCGCCUGUAUCUCCAGACACUGCUGCUGAAAAAGAAUCAUCAAAUGAAGACAAAAAAAUGGACAUAGUAGAUGAGGAAGAAGAAGGGAGACAGGAUGUAGCUGCUUGCAUUGGUUACUCUGAUAAUAAGGGAUUUAGACCCCUCAGUUCUAGUAGUAGUAGCAGUAGCAUCAUACCAUUGAGUCAGGAGAGCACUGCGCCUGCGUCACAGCAAAGCGAAUCUCCAAACACUAAUAGUGAAUUUAUAUACCACGUUCGCGCGCAAAUAAAUAAGAGCUGCAAAAAUACUAUUAAAUUGGAGCCUAUUAAUCACAGGCAAUCUAAUCACGUUGGGCGAGCCAACCGACCUCCAAAGCCGAUUUUCUAUCCUUAUCGAGAUCCAAAUUUGCCUUCGACAUCCACGGGCUACAGAACACGGCCACGGCGUCAUGGAUAUCGAGCUAUGCCAGCUAUCCAGCCGGAUGUAAAAACUAACGAGGAUCAUUACCUGUCCAUUUUCCACGAAUACGUGUGCAAUAUACUACAGAAACAGCCUACCUUCGUGUAUAAACAGAGCGCUAACUCAUCAAUGAUAAAAGCCACCGUGCUGAUCGGCAACGAUAACUAUGGAGAGGGAUUCGGCUACAGCAAGCGGGAGGCUAAGCUUAACGCCAUCCGCUUGUCUAUGCAAAGACUUAUACCAGAGGUGCACCGGUUUAUUCUACAUCCUCCAAUAUCACAACGACAAAUCUAUUCGAAUGCUAACAUUGGCUUUGACGAUCUUGAGAUCACAGACCCGAAGGUCUUAAAUUGUGAUGACGCCACGCCCGAGACGGCUCCGCAUGAUGUUCUGCUCGUUUCUAUUCGCGAAAUGGGAGAUGAGGAGUCCUCUAUACAAAUUCAGACCAGGAGGCUAAAAUAUAACUGCAUCGAGCUGACAAUGCAAGUGAACCAACACAGCGCAACCGUGCUUGACAACAACAGGAGGUCCGCUAAGCAGCGUGCCGCUCAGGCUAUUCUAAAGGCGCUACACCCAGCUUUAUUGUCAUAUGGAUCGCUACUACGUAAGUACGGAAUAAGAUUUGACACAAGAAGUUUUACAAGGCGUCCAAGGAGGCGCAGGAUUCGUGGAAGAUCCCACAACGAGUCCCAUCGCUAUAUUUUAAGUACGCUCCGCGAUGAAAUGAUCAUAGUGCGUGAACGAGAUGAGAUCUAUGCCAGGGCAGCUGCCGGUAACUGCUUCUUUCAGUCCUCACCAGAAUAUGAAACUGAUUAAAUGAAACACGGAAGGAAAACCCCAAUCAAAUUCAUCAAUCAAUCAAAAAAAUCCUAUUCAAUACAUUCUUAACGUUCUCUCCUGUUCGACAUGCUGAAUAGCCGCAUAACACUGUUUCAACCCAAAGAUUGUUCGGUUGUAUCCAACACAUCAAAUCCCUUUUAUAUGAAUAAUCAAAGUAGUGGAAACUGAGUAAAUACAAAAAAAUAACGAUCUCCGAUAUAUAUAACGAAUAAAGGAUAUAUCCUUUAUUAAAGCUACUAACAGCUUAAUUAUCAUGUUACGAGGAUUUAUAAAAAAAAAACAUCUUGAUAUAUUUCCCGUAUUUAUCUGGUUUUAAACCAAGAAAUACUUAAGGGUGCAAUUAUUACGGCUUUACUACGAAUAUUUCGUACGCUUAAUCAAAAACAGUUUUAACUUAAAAAUUGAGUUUAAUUAAGGAGAUUUAAUUAUUGUUAAAUGUGUAUGACAUAACUAUUAUUACACAAGGUCAAUCAUAAAUAUCCGACAAGACUAAGAAUUGGUACGCAGUAGUCACUACGAACCGACUACUGCUCGACUGCAAUUAAUAAUACGAAUGAAUGACCGUUUCUCUUACUCGCCAACACCAACGAAUCGCAAACAAAAAGUAAAGGAUUUUGAUGUUCAAACAUAAAUUAUCUUCAUAUUAGAAAAGCACAAAUCUUUAAAGAUGCUAUUUCCAACAAAAGCAAUUUUUUAAAAUAUUCCUUUUUUUGAUUAAGCGUGCGCUAUAUGGAUCAU